AUGAAGACUAUAGAAGAGAAAACACGUGUUAAUGGGAAAGCUUGUAUAACAUUUACACCCCGCACCUCUCAACGUCAAUAUAUACAGUUUGUUUCCGGUUCCGGAUGUCAUACACCAGUUGGUAUGGGUUACGGGUCAUCAUCUGUAACAUUGGGAAGAGGUUGUCUUAGAAUUGGUACCAUCAUGCACGAGAUUAACCACGCACUUGGAACCUGGCAUGAACAGAGUCGACACGACCGUGACAAUUAUGUUACUAUUGAUUUUUCUAAUAUUCAAUCAGGACGUGAACACAAUUUUGUUAAAUACAGCCUGGGAACAAUUGAUGAAUUGGGUGAACCCUACGACUACGAGUCUGUGAUGCACUACAGUGCCUAUGCUUUUGCCAAUAAUCGACAAAAGCCUACCAUCAUUCCUAAACAGAGAGGAGCUGUCAUUGGUCAACGUACACAUCUUAGUCCUAUUGAUAUCCAGGAAAUGCAGAUUUUAUAUGGAUGCAUACCAAGACCAACUUCUACUGGAGGUGUUGUAACACAAGCGCCAUUUGUUCCCACCAACGGCGCCUGUACAUUUGACAAGGGUAUGUGCGGCUGGACAAACGAACCCGGAACAUUGACCUGGGCUGUUAGAGAAGGAAAAACACCGAGUAUAAAUACUGGACCGGAUACUGAUCACUCCGGAUCACCUAACGGACACUAUUUGUAUGUAGAAGCUUCCGGACAUCCCCAACAAUCAGCUUUCAUAACCUCUCCCGAAUACGGUGCCGGUCAAUACUGUUUGGACUUCUAUUUUGAUAUGUAUGGUCAUGCCAUGGGAUAUUUGAAGGUUUUUGCUAGAACUGGCAAUACAAGGCAGCUGGUACAUGAAAUCAGUGGCGAUCAGGGACAAAGAUGGUCGAGAUAUAGAGUUAAUAUUAAUGUUCCCUCUGGUUCAUUCAGGAUUGAAUUGGAAGGUCAUGUUGGUACAUCAUAUACCAGCGAUAUAGCCAUCGAUGACAUAGUCUUUCACCAAGGAAAAUGCUAAUUGUAUCAAUCUGUAG